GCGCUUGUCACCUGCCACCACCUCCUCACCUACAACCUCUACAACCCUUUGCUCGAGCUUGAGACGCGAGAUAGCAAGAAUCGAGACAGGAAAGAAUGGACGUUGAUCGUGCACAAAGCCUUGCAUAUGAUCCUGACCAGGAUGCCGCGGAGAAGCGGGAUAUCCGCAAGCAGUACCGCGUGCUCGAGAGGUUGACAGACAAUGGAGGUAGACCUCAGGACUACACCGCCAAAGACCUUGUCGACCAAGUCACGCGUGCCGACUCGCUCUUCUCAAAAGUCCGCAACCCGACCGAAGCCACGCUCGACUCCUCCGUCCUGCGCAAUGUAUCCGCCAUCUCCGCCCAGAAGGCACGCGCGAUGCGUCUCGGCUCCGGCGCGUUCGACCUGGACGACUUCGUCUCCAAGCUCGUGUCCUUCAUGGGCGGGCGCAGGCACGUUGCCGCGGACGACGACGAUGAAGAAGAGUUUGUGGAGGACGACGACAGCGUCCCGCUCGACUGGGACAGGAUCGGCCGCAGGGCGCUCGCAAAGAGCCGGAGAGUGCCUGUGUCUGGGUUUAUGCUUGGCCCGCUCUCUGUAGAACAGAAGAAGCGCGGCCCGAUCAAACGCGCGCGCCUCGAGAAAGAGGCAGAAGAAGAGAAGAAGCCGCAGGCGAUCACAGAGGAGGACAUCCAGCGGUCCGAGAACGAGACGAGCAAAAACGUUGCAGCGGUGCGUCCUGCCUUCCCUUUUUCUUUCACCCACUCCACGUCUCACAGUAACACGCUCAACAACGACCAGAUCCUCGAGCGACUUCUCGCAAUCGGCGAGCCCGUCAACUUCUUCCGCUUUGUCAUCAAUCCCAACGACUUCGCGCAGUCAGUCGAAAACAUAUUCUACCUGUCCUUCUCCAUCCGCGACGCCGCCGUCGCGCUCCAAUGGGAUGAAGACGGCAGCGGCGAGCCUAUACUCAUGGCAUGCCAAGAGCCGACCGACGAGGAUCGCGCAGCGGGCGUGCGGAAACAGCAGGUCGUGAUGGAAUUCGACAUGGCCACCUGGCGGCGCGCCAUCGAGGUGUUCAACAUAACCGAGGCUAUGAUCCCCACACGUGCGGCAGCAAGGACAGGCAUCAAGGGGAAGUGGUACGGCUGAGAGCCAGCGCGUCCAUUCAUCCAUCCCUUUUCCAGCGAGUAGCUACUCGCCUGUUGCAGGACUUGCCCGUAUGGUGUGCUACCACGCAUUAGACCUCUACUUACUCCUCCAUCUAGUCAUCUGUAUGAGACUGUAUUCGUUUAAUUCUUCGCUUUGC